UUACAUUAUUUAUUAUCACUUUACAUUAUGUCUUGCCAAUAUAUAAAAUGAUUGUUAGAAUUGUUUAUAUAAGUUAAUGUAAUACAAACAAAAUUAAUUUGUAUUUUGUAAUUAAAAUCAAAAUUAUAUUCCAAUGUGGAGGAGUAGAUCGGCCCGGCAGUAAGACAGUGGGUCCAGCCCACUCCACAAAAUCCAGCCCAUUUACAUAGCUCUAUAUAUAACAAACAACAAACAAUGCAAGGGAAUAAACAACUAAUUAGGGCUUCGUUGAGAGGAGAGCGAGAGACAUGGGAUCAAACGGCUUUCUGGACCGCAGGAAAUCGAAUUAUGAUAUGCAAGAAAUGGCCUCUAAUGAGAAGUGUGCGCAAUUUUCCCGUUGUUCGCCCUCGAGCUUUAGGGAUACGAUUGAUAAAGUAAAAUUAAAGAUGGGGACCGCACAAUUGGAGGCUAUCAAAAGCACUCCAUUUGGAAUUUUUCUGAAUAUGCCAAACCUUAGUCAUAGUUUGACUAAGGUGUUAGCCGUGAUGAGACGUUUUCAGGCUAAUACAAUGUCGUUUAGGUUUGGAGAAGAAAUUGAGGUACCUUUUGUAGCCUCGGAGUUUUCUAUGGUGAUGGGGUUGCGGUAUAUCGGGCAACCUAUUGACUUAAAAUUGAAGAUGAAGUCUUCAAUUUUUGACGAACUAUUUUGCGGAAAAAAAGAAAAGACUUUCAGAAAUGAAUUAGCUGACCUAUUAGUUGAUUUAGCUUGUAAGGAUGAUUGUAUAGAUGAUUUUUGUAGAACAUACAUUCUUUUUGUUUGUAACUGUGUAUUAUUUCCUCAAGGAAACUAUUCGACCCCGUCGUUUAUUUUUUCGUAUUUAGAGGAUUUGUCGGAUUUAGGUUCUUAUGCGUGGGGAAAAGCGGUGUCCGAUUACUUGAUCGGUGAAAUGAGGGCAAAUGCAACUGGAAAGAAGACGUACGUCAAUGGUUGCACAAUCGGAUUAUUAGCUUGGUUAUAUGAAAGGGUCCCCUCUAUCGGGUCCCCGACAAGCUUGAGCUGA